AUGUCCCUCUGUAGUUUAUUCAGCAUGAUGGCUGCUGAUGCUGCGGUAGCUUCCUCCUCACCUCAUCGCAUCUCACCUCAUCCCUACCGCCAGCUGUCGUUUCACCUCUUCACCCUUAUCAGCCUCCUCUUCUUUCUCCCAGCCCAGGCGAAGGGAUUGCUUGGCGUCCGCCCAGAGGACACUAAAGCCGGGGAGCUGUCAGUGCAGGACGGGCUGCUCCAGGCGACCGAGGGUACGCGCUUCAUGCUGCGGGUUUACUACGCAGCAUCCUCGGUUACACAGAGAGCCAACAACCACUCUGGGAGUAGGAGACCAGAAGCUGCCGCUGCCGCACCAUGGAUCGCCUUCAUAGAAGAACCAGGUGGAGUGCGAAAGCGAGGAGAGGGGGAGAGACUGGUCCCUCCCAAACAGAACCCGUGCGUGGACGAGCAUGCUCGGAGUUCUGACAUCGAGCUCCUGGGUUCCUUCAGGUCUGCGUCCAGCCACAACUCUGUUCUAGUGGAGCUGCUCGCCAAAGACCUGCGCAAAGAUGAGCGGAUCAAAUACUACUCUAUGUGCGCGUCUGACGGGGUGAAGUGGGAGCAUUUCAGCACCAGAGACUUCUGGCUAGCCGUGGUGGAGCGACCCCCGCAUGCGGAUGUGUGGCUCCAGUUGGGAGUGUCGGUGAUGCUACUGGGGCUCUCUGCGCUCUGCAGCGGGCUGAACAUCAGUAUGCUAGCCAUGGAUCCCGUCGAGCUCCGUGUUCUCCAAAACAGCGGCACCGAGAAGGAACAAAAAUACGCACACAAGAUCGAAUCCGUGCGUAAACAUGGCAACUACAUCCUAUGUACUGUGGUACUCGGAAACGUGCUGACCAACACCUGUUUCGUGGUGUGGAUGUGCCAGAUUAUAGGGAUGACUCCCACCUCCCUUGCUACCUGCACUUUCGGGAUUUUCUUCAUAGGAGAGAUCCUGCCUCACUCUGUGGCGUCCAGACACAGCCUAGCCAUCGCCUCCAAAACCAUCUGGGCCACCCGGCUUCUAAUGCUGGUCUCCUUCCCCAUCUCCUACCCCAUCUCCAAGCUCCUAGACAUCAUGCUUCACCAGGAGAUCAGUAACUUCUACACCAGAGAGAAACUGGUGGCCAUGCUGCGCGUCACAGACCCCUACCACGACCUGGUCAAAGAGGAACUCAACAUCAUCCAGGGCGCCCUGGAGUUACGCACCAAGACCGUAGAACAAGUUCACACCCCUCUGGUGGACUGUUAUAUGCUCUCUUCAGAUGCUGUUCUAGACUUCUGUACUAUGUCUGACGUCAUGCAGAGCGGGUUCACCCGGAUCCCGGUCUAUGAGAACGACAGGUCCAACAUCGUUGAUAUCCUGUUCGUCAAAGACCUGGCGUUCGUGGACCCGGAUGACUGCACCCCGCUGAAGACCAUCACCCAGUUCUACAAACACCCCAUGCACUGUGUGUUCAGAGACACCAAACUGGAUGUGAUGCUGGAGGAGUUCAAGAGAGGUAAAUCCCACCUGGCUAUAGUCCACAGGGUGAACAGUGAGGGGGAGGGGGACCCCUUUUAUGAGGUCCUGGGAAUUGUUACUUUGGAGGACGUUAUCGAAGAAAUCAUCAAGUCUGAGAUUGUGGACGAGACAGACCUCUACACUGAUAAAAGGACUAAGAGGCGUGUGUCUCACCAUGAGAGGAAGCAACACGACUUCUCUAUCUUUAAAAUGUCAGAGAAUGAGAUGAAGGUGAAGAUAUCUCCUCAACUGCUGCUAGCUACACACCGUUUCCUGGCCACAGAAGUGGAGCCCUUCAGGCCAUGUCAUCUCUCAGAGAAGAUUCUCCUUUGUCUGAUCAAACACCCCAGUGUCGUUCAGGAACUUAAGUUUGACAGGAAGAACAAAGGAGCACCACAGCACUUCCUGUAUAUGAGGAACAAACCUGUCGACUACUUUGUCCUGGUUGUACAGGGUAAAGUUGAGGUGGAGAUUGGUAAGGAGGCUCUUCGUUUUGAGAACGGAGCUUUCUCCUAUUAUGGAAUGCCAGCCCUCAUACCACCAUUGUCCAUAGUCAACAGGUUUGGUUCUGGUAGCAGUGGGUUGAACCAGUCAGACUCUGUCCUAUCAGGAGGCAGUGUGGGUCAGCUGAGUAUAGGAGGGGGAGGAGUCUACCUACCUGACUUCUCUGUCAGACAACUCACUGACCUACAGAUUAUAAAGAUCUCGAGGAACCACUACCAGAAUGCACUAACAGCCAGUCUUAUGGACAGUGUACCCCAGACCCCAGAUCCUGAGGGGAGACCCACCCUCCCUGAGACCCGCUCCCACAGCAUCGCCCUGCCCCUGACACACACAUACACUCACCUGCAACCUGUCCUGGAACGACACACGCACACAGAGGACAACACUGGACCGCUCACCUCACAGCUCAAUGAAAGGAGUCGCAUAGUCCGCAGUAAGUCAGAUGGACAAAGGAGCUCCAGUGACUCAGUGUUUCUACGGAUGGAUGACAUUCCCUACAUCCGAGAGGACCGACCGGAAGACUGUCAGGAAGACCAACCAGAGGAGCCACCAGAGAAGGAACCGGAGGACCGUCCAGAAGACCGUCUGACAGAUUGUCUGGAAGGCCAUCCGGGAAAAUGGCUAGUAGAAUGUCCAGAAGACCAGCAGGUAGAAUGUCCAGAAGACCAGCAGGUAGAAUGUCCAGAAGACCAGCAGGUAGAAUGUCCAGAAGACCAGCAGGUAGAAUGUCCAGAAGACCAGCAGGUAACAAGAGGAGUUCUUUGAUGGGGGAAGAAGGUGGAGGAAGGCAUGGAGCAGUCAUCGUCGACCACCCAGCACAAAGCCAGAGAGAAGAGACAACAGGGAAGAUCUAGCACAGAUAAUAAACUGUCUUGCUCUCUCUCUCUCUUUUCCCUUCCUCCCAGUCUUCUACCCACUGGGUACUGGGGUAGACGUCUAG